AACUUACAUUACACAUCCUCUGUUUUUAUCCAGUAACAUCAUCAUUCCUCAAUAUUUUAUCACCCUUGAGAACUUCUGGUUUUGAGUCGAAAAUUAGGUUGGUGUUUCUGACAACGGUGAAGUGAUCAGAAACAUGGCCGGAGGUUCUUCCAACGGAAGGUCUCUGGAGCAGACGCCGACAUGGGCUGUUGCAGUAGUUUGCUUUGUGUUGGUGUUGAUUUCCAUCAUCAUCGAACAUAUAAUCCAUCUCAUAGGAAAGUGGUUGAAGAAGAGAAACAAACGAGCCCUUUAUGAAGCACUUGAAAAGAUAAAGUCCGAGCUUAUGUUAUUGGGGUUUAUAUCCUUGCUUUUAACGGUAGGGCAAAGUCUGAUAUCCGACAUAUGCAUACCGGAGAAAGUUGCGAAUACUUGGCAUCCAUGCAACGAGGACCCGCCAGAACCUGGGGAGAACGAUGGUUCAGGGACAGAUGAGGGGAAUCAUGAUCGCCGGAGACUUCUCAUGGUGUCGGAUUUUGGUAAAAGUGUUCGUCGUUCCCUGGCGGCGGCGGGGUCCACCAAUAGCAGUUGUCCUACGGGAAAAGUCCCAUUUGUGUCCUCCGAUGGGAUCCACCAACUCCAUAUUCUCAUCUUCGUGCUAGCAGUCUCUCAUGUGCUCUAUUGCAUUCUCACCAUGGCAUUAGGCAGACUCAAGAUGAGAAGUUGGAAGCGGUGGGAAGAGGAAACUAAAACCAUUGAGUAUCAAUUUUCUCAUGAUCCAGAGAGGUUCAGGUUUGCAAGGGAGACAUCAUUCGGGAGAAGACACUUGAGCUUUUGGACCAAAACACCCAUUCUCAUGUGGAUUGUUUGUUUCUUCAGGCAAUUUGUGAGGUCGGUGCCUAAGGUGGAUUACUUGACCCUUCGACAUGGAUUUAUCAUGGCACAUUUGGCACCCCAAAGCCAUGUCAACUUUGAUUUCCAAAAAUACAUAAACAGGUCACUUGAAGAAGAUUUCAAGGUUGUUGUGGGAAUCAGUCCUCCAAUAUGGUUCUUUGCGGUGUUCUCCCUACUCUUUAAUAGACAUGGAUUUCAUUCUUAUAUGUGGCUACCAUUCAUCCCAUUAAUUAUCAUCCUUCUGGUGGGGACUAAGCUACAAGUGAUCAUAACCAAAAUGGGGCUCCGAAUCCAAGAGAGAGGAGAGGUGGUCAAAGGAGUCCCCGUCGUCCAGCCCGGCGACGACCUGUUCUGGUUCAACCGCCCCAGACUUCUCCUCUACCUUAUCAAUUUUGUUCUAUUUCAGAAUGCCUUCCAGCUUGCUUUCCUUGUAUGGACUUUGUAUGAAUUUGGACGGGACUCUUGUUUCCAUAAGCGUACAGAGGACCUAGUCAUCAGAAUCACAAUGGGGUAAAAACCGCGUUCCGUUUAAUUUUGUCCUGAUUUGCGAACCAAAAAAGUACAGAGGUGGAAAGCAGGUCAAAAUUUUCUAUGCCGUCAACCGUGUGGGGUCGUGAGAAAACCCCCUACCCAGAUCAACGGUUGAAGAAAUUUCGACUUGAUUUCUCCCAAGAACUUGAUAAUAAUCUAUGGUUAUAAAACCGCGUAACCCUCAAAUCCUCCUCUUAAGUAAAGUGGUAGGAAUAGAUUUAUCAUUUAUAAAAAUAUAAAUUUAAAUUAUUUUU